UGUGGAGCGGAGGGGAGGUGUGGGGGCGAGAGGAGGUGACUCUCCGGCAAGCGUUUACACACACACACAGCGAAAGGAUCAUGGCGGAUGGCCCCAGGUGUAAGCGCAGAAAGCAGGCGAACCCGCGGCGAACGAGCGUGAGUAACUACAGCCAUGUACUGGAAGGCCAGUCAGACUCUGAUGAUGAGGAUAAGCUUCACAUCGUGGAAGAAGCGGGGAGCCCCCUGGAUGGAGCUGAUGGAGACAGUGUGGCCCAUGACGAUGACCCCAACGGCCCUGAGGACAGAUGGGAUGAAGUGAAAGAAGAGUGUGUGUCAGAAGAAGAUGAGAGAAGCAGGGAUGCUCUGGUUGAGGAGAUGCUUCAGCAGGGAGACACAGCAGUCAUUUUUCCAGAGGCACCAGAGGACGAACCUCGCCAGGGCACACCAGAGACAAGCGGCCAUGACGAGAACGGCACGCCCGAUGCAUUCUCUCAGCUCCUCACCUGUCCGUACUGCUCUCGCGGCUACAAGCGCUACACGUCUCUGAAGGAGCACAUAAAGUACAGGCACGAGAAGAGUGAGGAUAACUUCAGCUGCUCACUCUGCAGCUACACCUUCGCCUACCGCACCCAGCUCGACCGACACAUGACCGCACACAAAGCAGACAGAGAUCAGCGACAUGUAACCCAAACAGGGGGUGGAGGAAACCGUAAGUUUAAGUGCACUGAAUGUGGCAAAGCCUUCAAAUACAAGCACCACCUGAAAGAACACCUGCGCAUCCACAGUGGAGAGAAGCCAUACGAGUGCUCUAACUGUAAGAAGCGUUUUUCCCACUCCGGUUCCUACAGCUCCCACAUCAGCAGCAAGAAAUGCAUUGGCCUCAUCUCCGUCAACGGUCGGCCGCGGCCUUCCCAAGCCACAGGUGGCGCCAAAACCCCUCAGUGCCCUUCUCCAUCCCUGCCCUCCUCCCCUGCCACUGCACGCACACAGCUCAGAGACAAACUGGACCACAGUAAGCCCCUGCAGGAGCAGCUCCCACUCACACAGAUCAAGUCUGAGCCACUGGACUAUGAGUACAAGCCUGUGGUGGUGGCCCCAGCUGCUGGAGGAGUGAAUGGGGUUUUCCAGGGUGGAGCAGCAGCCCCUCUGCAGGGGGCGGUGCAGGCUGUGGUUCUGCCAACUGUGGGCCUGGUCUCGCCAAUCAGCAUCAACCUGGGCGACCUGCAGAAUAUGCUAAAGGUGGCGGUGGAUGGGAACGUGAUCAGGCAGAUGCUGGAGAACGCUCAGACCAAAGGCCAGCCCACAGGCCCUGGGAGAGUGGCUAUAGCCCAGGCUCCACAGCAAGUUAUCCAAGCCAUUAGUCUUCCAAUUGUGGACCAGGAUGGAACGGCCAAAAUUAUCAUCAACUACAGCCUGGAUCCAUCACAGGCCCAGGCAGCGCUGCAGAACUUGAAGAAAGAGCCUGUAGGAAAGAACACUGAUGCCUGCAAGGCAGAGAGACUGCCUGAGGACCUGACAGUCAAAAGCAAGACAAGCAGGGACAAAACCACCAUCACUGUGGGUGAGGAGAAGCAGCAAGAGAAGGGAAGCGAUGCAGCAUCCAAACACUGUGGCAAAGAAGGACAGCAGAUCAAUGGGACGCACCUAGAGGAGAAAACUGAAGCAGAUAUUGGACUGUGUCCUGGGCAGCCACCACUAAAGAACCUCCUGUCAUUGCUUAAGGCUUACUUUGCCUUAAACGCUGAACCCACCAAGGAGGAGCUGGCCAAGAUCUCAGAGUCAGUCAGCCUUCCUAUCGAAGUGGUCAGGAAGUGGUUUGAGAAGAUGCAAUCUGGGCAGAUUUCUGUAGAAUCGUCUUCUCCUGCACCGCAGGACGAGCAGGAUACUGGUGGAAAUGCUAGUGGAACACCAGAGGAAAUCCUCAAGUCUACCCUGGAACAGGACAAGGAAAGGAGCCCAGCAGAGCAGGAGAACGAACUUCAUAGCCCAGCAGAGGGCGCUACAGCUGGGACCAACGGGACAGAAAGCGGCCCAGCAUCCCCUUCACCACUAAACCUGUCCGCAGACGGGCCCGUCCCAGCCCGAACCGCAGAGGAGGGCGAGGGACCCCUUGAUCUGUCCCUCCCUAAAUCCGCAGCUGCAACUAAUGCAGCUAGCGCUCAUGCUAACACUGUUUACUCGGCUCAGGACGAGCCACUGAACUUGACUUGCACAAAGAAGGAAGCGCUGGGCAACGCAAGCGCUGGUGCUGCAGUCUAUGCCAGCCAAACAAGUGCCAAUCCCAUAAACAUUGUGACCACUCAACUGCCCACGCUGGUGGCAAUCACCGAGCAGGGCCACGGGCAGUGUCUGCGUGCCCUCACCACCACUAAACAGACCAUCCUGAUUCCACAGCUGGCCUACACCUACACCACUACAGCCUCCAGCCCAGCAGGGGGUGACACACAACAGAAGACUAUACUGCAGGUCAAUGGCAUCAAGGAAGAGAAGCAGGAGAGCAGUUCAGAGGUGGCUACUGUAUUGGAGGAGCAGACAGACUCAGACUCUGGCCCAGUGAGGAAGAAGAUGAAGAAGACUGAAAACGGACUGUAUGCCUGCGACCUGUGUGACAAAAUCUUCCAGAAGAGCAGCUCACUGCUUCGACAUAAAUAUGAACACACAGGUAAACGGCCUCACGAAUGUGGAAUCUGCAGCAAAGCUUUCAAACACAAGCACCACCUGAUCGAGCACUUGCGUCUGCACUCAGGAGAAAAGCCGUACCAGUGCGAUAAGUGCGGCAAACGCUUCUCUCACUCGGGCUCGUACUCGCAGCACAUGAACCACCGCUACUCCUACUGCAAGAAGGAGGCCCAUGGGCAGGGCAUGGCGCAGAGCACCGAAGAGGAGGAGAACCACAGUGAAGAACAGCCUCGGCCAGAGAGCACUGCAGCGUCACCUCCAUCACAGCUGGACUCGGAUGAGCGAGGGAGCAGCGCCAGAGAGGACGAGGAGAGCGAGGAGGAGGAGAUGGGCUCCGGCAGCGUGGUGGACGAGGACGAGAUCCAGGUGGUCAGGAUCGGGGAGGAAGGAGGAGAGGAAGAUGAGGAAGAACAAGAGGAGAGGAUGGAGGAGACGGAGGAAGGAGCCGAGGAACAUGUCAGGGAAAACGGAAGACAAGAGGAGACGGUGGAAACACUAGAAGGAGGACAGGGAGAGGGAGAGAAAGAUGGAGAGAUGAUGAAGGUUGUGGUGAUGCAGGGAUGCGAGGAAGAGGAGGAUAACGAAAGAGCAGAAGAACAAAUGGAAAACGCAGAGCCGAUGGACACGCAGGAGAAUGAGGAGCAGGAACAAGCAGGGGGUGCAGGAGAGAAGGAUGAAGGUGAGGAGAAAGGAGAACUUGUGAAGGAGAACGGUGCAAAUGAAGGAAACACAUCCAGCGAAAAUGGAGAUGUGAAAUGAAGAGGAAAAGAUAAACAGCUGGGCUUUUGUCGCCCUCAUCCUUUGCUACAUCGUUUUACAAAUGUUACUAAUUUGAAGGAACAAAGACUGCAGAUGCCGUCUCUUCCAGAGUAUUGACUGUGCAGUAAUGAAGAGAGGAGGAGGAGGAGGAGGAGGAGGAGGAGGAGCGCUGGAGCGCUGACGCUGCAUUUUAGCCCACUACUGUGUAUAAAAUCCCCUGGUGUGCCUGAUAAUACAAAACAAAACUAGUUGCUUUUCCAGUGUUUAUGAAUAUGGUUUGUAUAAAUACAAAGUUUAACAAACAAAAAUUGACGCAUAUACGGACUGAAAGCUAGACACGUUUUAGCUAAUAAUGUUUUAUUACUAAAACACCUUGGGUCAAUUUCUUUUUAUCAGUGUUACUAAUUUUUUGUCACUCUUGUUUAAACCUUAAAAAGCUGUACAGUUGGGAGAGAGAUUUCUAUAUGUUUUUAUUGCCAAUGAACAAAACUCAGUAUUUUAUUGCAUUUGAAGGAAAAAAAAUCCUGUGCACUACCAUUCUCCCAGUUUACCGAUGGAUCACCUCUGUGGGCCUUGUGUUGUUUAAUGUCUACCUUUCAGUAUUAGCACUCUAGAGCUAACCCCUAUGCCAUGCUAGCCUGUGCUAGCUCAACAUUUACCUGUCUGUUUUGUUUUUGAAGUGGUCUGUGAGCCUUAAAUGUAAAAAAAAAAAAAAUAGACAAAAAGAUUUACACGGGUUUGGUGGGGUGGCAGGGUGGUAGUAACCUAAUCUUAAA